AUGUCUGGGAUAGGUGAAAACCCUGUCCAACCAGAAACUCAUAUACCAGUGUUGCCUCAUAUACAGAAGUAUCUCAACUCAGUCAGGUAUAUUGAGGAGUUGCAGAAGUUUGUGGAGGAUGACAAUUACAAAUUGUCACAGAAGAUUGAGCCGGGCACCAGCACACCACGAGCCAACGCCUCCAAAGAGGAUCUUGUCGGUCAGGAAGCGUCAGCAUCUCCUCUCUGUGGACGUAAAUGUGCGGUAGCACCAGACGGAACCAAAGUCCCAGCAACACCUCCAUCCCCCAGGAACCUUCUGCCCUACGGACACAGGAAGUGCCACAGUCUGGGCUACAACUUUAUCCAUAAGACAAAUACAGUAGAGUUUAAAAGUGCUACAUUUCCCAAUGCUGGCUCUCGCCAUCUGUUGGAUGACAGCGUGAUGGAAAGCCACAGUCCUACCAGGGGACAAGCAGAGAGCUCGACUCUGUCCAGUGGCAUUUCACUUGGGAGCAGUGAGGGCUCGGAGCUCAGCGAAGAGAUGUCUUGGCCAGCUUUUGAGAGGACUCGGUUCUAUCACUCUCUGGGCCCAGUGACCCGUGUGGCCCGCAUCCCCUACAAAGGCGUCUUGAGGCCCAGCAGCUCAGCUGAGUCAGAGGAACUUGCAGUUCACUUGUACCCUGGAGCAGUCACAGUGCAAGGAGUGUUAAGGCGAAAGACUGUGCUCAAGGAGGGCAAGAAACCAACUGUGAGAAUACACACUCACACAUUUGUCUAGAUAACCAGACACGCACGAUCCUUCAUGUGCUGCCCAUACCUUCAUGUACUCCUAAGCAGGAGCACAUGGGACAUAUAUACUGUCAAUCACAGAUGGGACCCCAGAGGCUUCUUAACCUGCAGAAUAUCUUUCUCUGUCUGUUCCACAUGUUUUCUCAUUAACCUCACCCUCCCGACCCUGUGACACUGAGAUUACCCCCUUAUGUUUCGUCUGGAAAUAAAUGUGGAGCUUUAUAUGAACUUAAAAUAACUAAAGACUGUCAUAGGUAGUGAUGAUGGUUUAAAGUCUGGCGCUCCACACCUGCCGUGUUAAUUAAUGGCUUCACUUGAUCCCAUUUUCUUUCAUGCGUUUUCUCUUCAUCUCGUUUCUAUUAAUUUUAAGCCUUCUUGUAGUUUGCAGAACAAGCUCCUUAGAUUGCAUGUUGAGUCUUUCACAAGCACAAGAAAGGAUUUUUUAAAUUAAAAUAUGUUUUAUAUUUUAAGGUUCUGUUAGCUUUCAUAACAGCGUUGCACAAUAUUGGCAACAUCUUUACCAGCGUCAUGAGGUCAUCACCUGAAAUGCUUGUUCAAGGAGUUCCCACAUAUGCUGAGCACUUGUCAGCUGCUUUUCCUUUUGCAGUCCAUCUCAUCCCGGUUUGGCAUUCGUGGGUGAAUGUAACCCUUACAAAGCCCAAAGGUAUGUUUUGACUCACAAGAAAAGCCCCCAACCCACCUAUCAACACCAUCAAAGCUGCUCAUCAGUUCUUCACAGUGGGAACCACACAUGGAAAUGCCAUCCAUUCCCCCUUCUCGGCAUCUCACAAAAAGCUUAACAGCUGGACCCAAAAGUCUAAAAUCUGAACCUCUCGGGCCAAACUCCAGAUUUCCACGAGUCUAACGUCCAUUCCCAGUAUUUGGGAUCUGGAGACUUGGUUGGGUCAGUGCCUUUGGCUCUGUAUCGUUUUUCUUGAGCCAUUCCUGUGUAUUGUCCAGCUAGCAGAGGUUGUUGCCAUUUUGGAGGUGUGAUUCGUUUAUAAGAGUUUUUUAGCUUCUUAGUUCAAGUCCGUGUGAAUGGCAAGCAUCAGAUUACAUUGUAAAAGAUGAUAAGUGUCAUUUGCUUUCUU